UACACCUCAACUUAUCAUGACUCAAGACGACGCAGUACACGCUGCUAUCAAGAACAUACACUCUAUUGCUGUGAUUGGUGCUGGUCCCUCUGGUGCUGGCUGUGUCAAAGCCCUUCUCAAAGAGAACAAGUUCGCCAAAGUUCAGGCUUUUGAAAAGAGGCCUGGAUUCGGUGGCUUGUGGAACCAUACCGACGAAACUGAUGCCUUGACUACGCCUGUUCCUUCUGAAAAGUCCACAUUAGAUAUCGAGCCCAUCUUUAACGAACAGACCGAACUGUACAAAUGGGCUUCUCCAGUGUACGACUACCUUGACACAAAUGUUCCUAAGGAUAUCAUGACAUAUGCUGGAAUCAAGUUCCCGGAAGAGUGUCCUGUAUUUCCUCAUAGAUCUGAUGUGUUGAAGUAUAUGGUUGAGUACAGCAAGGAGUUGAUACCCUACAUCAGAUUCAAUACCAAGGUCGUAGAUCUCACUUUGCUUCCAGACCAGAAGUGGCAAGUAACUUCUAGGCUUGUGGUCAAAGAAACCAAAGGUGGAAAGGUGUCUUCUUCUGCUCCUGGAUUCCAAGACACUGUAGAAAUAUAUGAUGCAGUAGUGAUUGCUACCGGAAACUACGAUGUUCCAUACAUUCCAGACAGGCAAGGAAUGGCGGAAUGGGCUGAGGCAUAUCCUGGUACCAUUACUCACGUCAAAUCGUACCGUAACCCCCAGCAGUUUGAGGCUGCUAAAGGUAAGAUAGUAGUCGUUGGAAACUCGGCUUCUGGCGGAGACUUGGCCUAUCAAUUAGCUACUGAGUUGAAAAGAGACAUCUACAAGUCGAAACGUUCGGAAAAUUUGUUGCCUGCUGGACAAAGUGAGUUGAUCAAGGACGUCCCAGACAUUGUCAAAUUCAACGUUAAGGAUAGAAGCCUUGAGUUGAAGGAUGGCUCGAUCUUGCACGAUGUCGACCAUGUAAUCUUUGCUACGGGCUACUUGAAGUCAUUCCCAUUCUUGAACCACUUGAACGAGACCGACAAGCCACUUUUGACAGACGGUCAUAAGGUCCACGGCAACUACCAACACAUUAUCUUGUACAACUACCCCAACUUGGCCAUCAUCGGCUUGGCCAGAUACGUCUUGCCCACCAGAACAUCUGAAACUCAAGGGUGUUGGUUGGCCAAGAUCUGGUCUGGCAGAGUUGCUUUACCUUCUGUAGAAGAAAUGCAAGAAUGGGAAGCUAAAAGAGUCGAAUGGAAAGGCAAUGGAAAGCAGUUCCAUGACUUGCUUUUCCCAGAAGAUGUCCAUUACUGCAAUACCUUGAAUGGGCAAGUGUUAAAAUCUGUUGAAAACGAGGACACAGAGAACAAGGGUUUGAUUCCUCAUACCUGGGAUAAGGAACAGACUGCGCUUCGUGGUUCCAUCAAGGGAAUCAAAGAAGCUUACAUCCAAUACAGGGCCAAAACUGGCAAAUUGGCACACAGCUACCAGGAAUUGAUAGAUGCUCAUUUCAUCGACUCUUUCAUCAUCUCUGACGAAGACUUGAGGGCCAAGGGCUUUGACUUUAAGUAAACUACUGUAGACUAGAAUAAAUUUUAUAUUAGGCAUUUGACACUAAUCAGAAUAUAUAUAUGCUAUAAUACAAGGGGUUUUAUU